AUGGUCAGAGACUGCAGACAUGAUACAGAAGAUGGUCAGAGACUGCAGACAUAUACAGAGACGGUCAGAGACUGCAGACAUGAUACCAGAGAUGGUCAGAGACUGCAGACAUGAUACAGGAGAUGGUCAGAGACUGCAGACAUGAUACAGGAGAUGGUCAGAGACUGCAGACAUGAUACAGGAGAUGGUCAGAGACUGCAGACAUAAUACAGGAGAUGGUCAGAGACUGCAGACAUGGUACAGGAGAUGGUCAGAGACUGCAGACAUGAUACCAGAGAUGGUCAGAGACUGCAGACAUGAUACCAGAGAUGGUCAGAGACUGCAG